GCCGGGCACCGUGCUGAAGCUGAAACCUCCAACAUGUCGGCUGUGUUCCCCAUGUGUUUGCGGACGACCAGGGGCCUCCUGAGGCUCAGGAACUGGGCAGAAGGUGCCUCUUCCCCGGCUGUGCUGGACCUGGUCCGGACCCUCUCAACGGACAAGCCUCCAGCCGGGAAUAGCAGUGCUACGGGCGGAUUGGCUCAGGCUAUUUUACAGACGAAGCUCCAGCAGCAGAGUCAGCCUGGUGAGGGGGAGAAGGAGGGAGAACAGAAGCAGGAGAAGAAGCAGAAUGACAACACGGCCUACGCUAAGAAGAUAGUUCUUAGACUGGCGGCUUUAAUGGGGGUCGGAGGAGCCGUGGGCAUGAUCUACCUGUUCGGCACCAACUCGCAAGACGAUCAAGGAAACGUGGUGAGUGUUACUGUCACACACACACACACACACACACUCUUUCUACAG